AUUUAUAAUACUGCGAGCAUGAAGGAGAGAUUUUUCAAACGACAUCUUCUAAGGCUUUAAAAAAGAAAUACAUUUUGAAAGAAGAAAUAUGUUUCUAUAGCAGAAUUAUCAUAAAAUUGAUAAAUAGAUAGGUUUACAAAAAAAUUGUAUUCAUUUUAGGCAGAAAAAGGCGCGAGCGAGAGCUUGUAUUAUAUACGUGCUUUAUCUAUACUUGAAUAAAGUUUUCAUAGCGUGCGUAAGUAGCGAAGUUUUUGUGUACGCAACUCAAAGUUGGACAGUGCAAUGUAACGUUAGCUUAGGGCGGGCUUCAUCAGACCGCCUUGCGCCCUCGAGCAGGCUGCACGCGCACAAUGUAGGCGAAGCGACGAGAUCGCUGAAAUGUCGCUAAACUAACGAACACAAGUAAAAAUCCUCCCCGAUUCAGAGGCUCUAAAGCAAUAUAUAGUGCUUAGAAAUAGUUUUAGAAACUUAAAAAAGUUUAACUUAGUAGUAACUUAUUUUUCGCUUAGUUUUCGCAUGCGUUGCCGUCGCGCCUGCGAUGCUGAAGAUGAGCCGAUCUAUGCUUCCUAUAUUAAUACUAACGACGGUGGCACUCUCCUCGAGCGAUGUUCUUCCAAUACUAUUUAACAAAGACUACACACAGUCGUAUAAUAUAGACAACCAUGACGACGAUACAUUUAGUAAUAGACAUCCACAUAGAGAUACUAAUGAUAUGUAUUAUAACAAAAGACCAUCGCAAGAUUACUUAGCUGUACCAAUAAAAGAAAUAAACGCUAUUUACCCUGACAACAACAAUCAAGACGUUAAAGAUGUUAGUGACAAUACAAAUAAAGAACAAAACUACGAUGACGAGGGUUUCCGGAAAGAACAGUGGCAUAAUUAUCCAAGACAAUUGGAUCGACUUCACAACUACAAAGACGUAAGGACCGAUGAAGUAAAGUCUGCAAAUCCAGAAUCUAUAAAUGAUUUUGACGAUUUAACAACUGACGAAAUUAUAUUUGAUACCGGAGAUGGCAAUCGUAAUAUUUAUGACACUAUUGUAGCUGCUAAUAACCCCUUUUUAAUCUUGAAAGUACAACUAAGUUACUUACGAGAUAAUAAAGAUGCAAGUGAAUAUCCCAAUUUUCUAUCAAAUUUUGAAGACAAUGAAGAGAGAAAAGACAAUGAUUAUACUAAAGCUGUUUCUUCAGUUAUCGAACCUGUGGCUAACGUAGUGAAAGUUAAAAGGGAAAAGCCUAUCAGAAAUCAUGAUAAUGAAGUGUCCGAGGAAGAAUUUGAAACUGAAAAUGGUAACACGGAUAGACGGACAGUUAAAAAGAGAAUAUUCUCUCUGUGGAGUCGACUACAAAGUCUAUCUCACAGGGGACACGAACUUCACCACAGGCGACAUCUGCACGCGUUCUACGGAUCACCGGAUACUAACAGAAACGGUAUCGUAACCGCACAAACAAGGGCCACAUUCAUACGACCACCGGGCUCGCCAUUACGAUGGGGCUAAUGACAAAAAUUUAAACUUAAAAAUAAACACUCGACACAAAGAAAUCAAGAAGUAAAGAGAACGGCUGGACAAAGUCUUAAAGAUAUCUUAAUAAAUUACAGUUUAGAAAUACCUCAACACGAAACUAAAAUGGUACAGUACAAGGUUCUUGAAUUGGCACAUCAGGCAGUACAAAAUCUUGUACCCCACGUGCCAUAUCAAAUACCGAUUUCUUUUUGUGUCGGGUGUUAAAAAGGAACAAUAAUUCUAACGUUACUCGCUAUCCAAAUAAAUUUAGUAAAACAGUACAAUAAUUAUGACCAAUUUCAAACACUCAAUGUAGAUCCUAUUAAGUCAUAUUUAUUUUAGGCAAUAAUAAAACUAAUAAUGCUAAAAUUAGGCGUAAAUGUACUAGUAGAACCUUUGGA